UGAGGAUGCUGCUGCGUCUAGCUGUGUGUGUUGCAGGGGUUAUACUGCUCAACAUAGCAGGCUCACUCUGCCAGUUAAAUGUGUGUGGCCGAGCCCCCCUUAACCCCAAGAUUGUUGGAGGACAAAAUGCAGUUGAGGGGUCUUGGCCCUGGCAAGCGAGCAUUAAUUAUGUUCCAAAUGACGGUCUUGUAUGUGGUGGGAGUCUAAUCAAUAAAGACUGGGUUUUGUCUGCAGCUCAGUGCUUUCAGGAAUUGACUGCAUCGACCACAGUAAUCUACUUGGGACGUCAAUGGCAAAUAGGCACAAACCCCCAUCAGAUUUCCAGAACUGUGGCUCAAAUCAUCAUCCAUCCUAAAUAUCACCCAGAUAAAUUUGACAACGACAUAGCACUGGUCCAGCUCUCCUCUUCUGUGACUUUCAAUGAUUAUAUUAGGCCCGUCUGUCUGGCGGCUGCUGGUAGUACAUUUGCUGCGGGUACUGAGAGCUGGAUCACUGGAUGGGGAAAACUUAAUUUUGGAGACACCACUCUUCCAAACACACUGCAGGAGGUGAAGAUACCAGUCAUCAGCAACAGUUAUUGUAAAUCUAUCUAUGAAAGCAUAUUUACAGACAACAUUCUGUGUGCUGGACCAAUUGAGGGUGGGAAAGGCUUAUGUCAGGGAGAUGGUGGAGGUCCACUGGUUAUUAAUGGCUCGCAGUGGAUUCAGUCUGGCAUUACGAGUUUCAGCGUACAGUGUACAGCACCCAAGUACCCUGGUGGUUACACCAGAGUGUCUCGCUACCAGGACUGGAUCAGCUCUCAGAUAAAGAGUGACCUGCCUGGAUUUGUGGAAUUUAAAUCCAGUGGAUUCAGAAGCUCAAACAGCCUCCCCCUAUUUUCCAUUUCACUCACAUUUUCCAUCUUUCCUCUCAUCUUCUCUCUGUUUUGUUAAAAAUUUAGUCAUAAUAAUCAGU